CUGACCUAGCGGCCGUUCCCAACAUGGCCAGCGACAUCAUGAAGCUGUCCUUUGCAAAGGUCGCCGCCGCCUCUGCAUCCAAGGAUCCGACCUCCAUCACUGCCAUCGCUCGAGCGCCCGUCCCCGCUGCUGCCAGGGACAGGCGAGACCCGAAUCCGCAUUCUUCUGCGGCGAUGCCCGCCCCUGUGCCAGUGGCUGCCCCAGUAGUCUCACUGUCUGCGGUCCCAGCUGUCGUCGGGGAAUCCCCGCUGGUUGCUCCCGAGAGUGCCCAGCUCGCCGAGAGCAAGGUUGUUGCCGGGCUGAAGGAGCUCAAACUGGAGACGAAGACAUCCAACCUAGUCAUCAACGGGUCCGUGUCGAGCGCCACUGACAGGUCGGGCAAGACAGGCACCAGCCAGACGCCGUCCGACGACAAUUCUCAGAGAGCCGACUCGAGCUCCGAGCUGGGCACCAAGCCCCCCAGCCUGGAUGGCAAGAGCAUCGCAUCUGGUACAACGUUUGCCCUCGACGAAAAGGAGUCGCUACGCCCCGAUGACAGUGCCAGCGUUAAGGCCGCUGCCGACGACGACGAUACUUUCUCUAUGCGAGGGUCGUAUAUUGCGGGCUCCCGCAUGGGCUCUGAUGUUGCCGCGCGCAUUCACCGCAUCCAGAUUGGCGACAUGCCCCCGAGGACAAUAACCUCGCAUGCCCUGACGGGGAGCAGCCAGAGUCAGGGAAUCGUGACGCCGCAGAGCGGAGUCUCGGACAAGCAGCCGGCCGAGGAAGCAAAGCUGCCUCUGGUCGGAGCCAAUGUGGCGCCCGACGUUAUGGCUGCCCCUAACUUCCUGAGCCAGAACCCCGAUGAGAAACUUCUCGAGGCCAUGCAAUCUCCCAAGGACCGGAUAUUCCUGUUGCGGCUUGAACAGCAAGUUAUUGACUUUGCACAGGCAUCUGAAGAGCCAUUUAUGGACUUGCCUCCGAGCAACUCGUUUUGUAGAAUGUUGACUCACAAACUAGCAGACUACUAUCACAUGACGCAUCAGUUUGAGGCGACAGCAGGAGCAGUGCGCAUUUUCAAAACCCCAUUCUGUAGAAUUCCGCCUUCUUUGUCUAGCAUCGCCGCAAGCACUCCAAGUAGCAGCUCCCCUGCUCCUGCACUCCUGCCGCGGAAGAUCAUGCGGCGAGGCGAGGACGGUGAGUUUGGUUUUAUGAGUGCUGGCGCCUCCAAGGCCACGUCUGAGGCAGGCAGUGACGGAAAGGACAAAGCUGGGUCGAGAGAAAAACUCACUAGAGAAGAGCGCGAGGAAGCUUAUAAUCGAGCGCGGCUACGCAUUUUUGCGAGUAUUGAGAAAACCGAGUCUUCUACCCCAGAGGGUGAAGACGCGAAUGAUAUCUCUCGGACGAGCUCUGUUUCUGCCAAGGAUCGGUCGAACGGCGCUACCAAGAGGAAACCAAACAAGCAGCGUCGCGAUGAUUCGGAAAGUUUUGAUUCGCGAUCUCAAUAUGUUGCCUGGUGUGGACCUCAACAAUCAACUUGGGCACAGGCGCCGGCGGCCCCUCAGUAUUUUCCCGUUAGCGGGUCUCCGUAUACUGCGCCAUACCAGCAGCCAUACCAGAACUCGCUGCAAACGGCGUACGGGCCCAACCAGGCCUAUCCGCAAAUGGCUGCAAGUGGCGCGUUCGCCCCUCAGUAUAAUGGGAUACCUAGCUAUCCGAGUCCACCCGUAGCAGCUCAGGCAGCGCCGCCGCAGCAACCGCGCUACCCGCCGCCUUCGAACCCCCCCAUGCCUGCACCGUACAGCAGCCCUGUGCCAAGUUUAUCACAACCUGCCUGGUCGCAGCAGCAACCCUUUAACCAAAACACAUUCCCGGGCCGGGGCAGUCCUUCGACUAACGGGGUUCCGUACCUCUAUGGACAGCUGCCCGUCAAUGUUAACCCGAACGACCCUAAGAGUCAGCACCCUAUUCCGGGCAGCUACAACCGUCAGGCAUUCAACCCAAAGACGCAAUCCUUCGUGCCUGGAAACGGCAUGGGCCCGAUACCCUCGGCUUCAGGCCCUGGACCGGUUUCGGCCCCUUAUGGGAGUUCUAGCUCUCACCAUGGCAGCCCUCAGUUCAACUCGCAACACAUGAGCUACACCGGCUACCAGCUGCAGCCAAUACCUCAGCCGGGCUACGCACCCGGGCCGGGGCCCUAUAGCAUGACAAGGCAGGGCUCAAGCAGCUCUAUGGGUCCGUACCACGCAGCAUAUCAGCCUUCCCACCUGCUGCCGCAUGGGCCGCAUCACUUCCAACAGAAUCCGACAUCCAAUCUAUCUAACAAGUCAGCUGGGCCUCCCGGGCCCAUCGGAGCGGGACUCGGCCAGACUUUCAGUCAUCUACCAAAUUACGGGAAUCCUGCCACCUUACCGCAGAAACCAUCCACUUAGGAGUUUGAGCAUCGGGCGGUGUCUAUGUGCGACGGGAUACUAGGUCACGAGGCGCAAUGGAUUAGGGCAUGGAUCGGGGCGUUCUAGGAGCAAGUUGCUAGGUCAUGAAAGCGCGCCUGGCUGGCUGUCUGUCUGUCUCUGUCAAAUGGUGAGAAAUAAUGCACUUGGUAAUGAGUUUGAGCUGCGAGCAACGACAGACACCACCAAGGAAGGAAGGAGUCGGGUGAAAGGUGUGAAAAGAUUAUGGCCGUAAACUUCUUCAUGACACACUCACAGACAGACGGACAGGCCGCCAGGGGUUUUUUAUAGAGAUGUGUUAGAAUAGGAAUUAAAAACGGUUAUGUGUCA